AGAGAAGGUUUUGAAAAGAUUUGAUAAUUACUGGAUUCCAGCCUUUGGGGUUUUCACCUUGGCAAAAUCACAAACAGGUUAUGAGCAUCCCCCUGAGGUGUUUAACACCAUAGUUGAUAUAUUAGGAAAGGCAAAGAAGUUUGAUUUGAUGUGGGAUUUAGUUAAGGAAAUGCAGCAGUUUAAGGGGUAUGUUACAUUGGCUACAAUGAGUAAGGUUAUGAGGAGGUUAGUUAAAGCUACGGGGUACAGUGAUGCUAUUGCAGCUUUCCGACUGAUAGAAAAUUUUGGUGUUCGCCAAGAUGGAGAGGUGAUUGCUGUGUUAAUGGCUGCUUUGGUUAAGGGGAAUGCCUUGGACAGAGUUGAUCAUGCUUAUCAAGUGUUUAUUGACUUCAAGGAACUUAUACUUCUGACUUCAAUUUGUUUUGAUAUCUUGUUAAAUGGUUUUUGCAAAGCAAAGAAGCUAGAAGAUGCUAGGAAGAUUAUGGAUGAGAUGGAGAAACAUGGGUAUCAGCCCAAUGUUGCUUCUUAUACGAGCUUUAUUGAGGCUUACUGUCGUGAAAAGGAUCUUAGCAAAGUUGAUCCUGUAUUGGAUGAAAUGCAAGAGAAGGGUGACAUUACUCAAGCAUUGGAGGUUUAUGAGAAGAUUAAGAAUGAUGGUUGUUUACCGGACAAUUCAUUUUAUGGUUUAUUGAUUUCCAUCCUGAGCAAGGGAGAUAGACUUCAUGAUGGACGUAAAAUAUUUGAGGACACGGAAAGGCAAAAUAUAAAGCCAAAUGUAUGGGCAUAUAAUGCCAUGAUUUCUUCUGCUUGUGCACAUUCGAGAGAAGAGGAGGCAUUGAAAUGGCUUCAGAAAAUGGAAGAGGAUUCAUGCAAGCCAGAUCAUCUUACUUACUCGCCAUUGCUUCAUUUGUGCUUCAGGAAGAAUAGGAUGAAGGUGCUGAACUUUCUGUUAAACCACAUGUUUAAGAACGACGUAAGUAUUGAUCUUGGAAUAUAUGCCCUUCUAGUGAGUGGGUUUUGUAAGAGUGGGAAAUUAGAGCUGGCUUGCUCAUACUUUAAGGAAACGGUGCUUAAGGGAAUGGUCCCCUAUCAGUCAACAUACAAAGUGCCGGUCAAGGAACUUGGUGAAAAGAACAUGGUUGAAACAAAGCAAUGGAUUGAAAAUUUGAUGGUCCACGCAGAAGAGCAAAGGAAGCGACGGGUCCUUGGUGUAUAAAUAUAAAUGCUUGUGUUAAGAUUGACAAUGAAUUUCUUGAGUUGGUAAAACUAAAGUCUUUUUCACACAAACCCUAGAGCAGAGCCUUUGUAAUGGAUUAAAAUCUUUCCAUUUUG